AUGGCUUCCCAAGUGCGUCAGAACUACCACAAGGACUGUGAGGAUGCUGUUAACAAGCAGAUCAACCUGGAGCUCUAUUCCUCCUAUUUGUAUCAGUCCUUUUACUUUGACCGGGAUGAUGUUGCCCUGCGUCACUUUGCUGAGUUCUUCAAGGAGCAGUCACAUGAGGAACGGGAACACGCUGAGAAACUGAUGAAAUUCCAGAAUAAACGCGGAGGCCGGAUCAUCCUGGAGGACGUCAAGAAACCAGAGCAGGAUGAGUGGGGCAAUGGUCUGGAGGCAAUGCAGAGAGCUCUGCAGAUGGAGAAGAAUGUGAACCAGAGUCUGCUGGAUCUGCACAAGCUCUCCUCUGGGAACACUGACCCUCAUUUGUGUGACUUCCUGGAGACUCACUACUUGGAUGAGCAAGUGGAGAUGAUCAAGAAGCUUGGAGAUCACAUCACCAACCUGAAGAGACUGGGAGCCCCUGAGAAAGGCAUGGGAGAGUACCUGUUUGACAAGCUCACCACAGACCCAUUCACCUACAUUACAGCUGCCACAACUUGUAAAUCAAAUGAUCUCCAGUAUGAGGACUUGGUUUAUUAG